AUACCCAACCUAUCUUGCUGACGCUGAGCUAUGCUCAUUUAUUCUGGUGCACGACAGUAGCACAUGUGCACGCAGCGCGCUAUAAGGGGCAGCGAGCAUCGAAAUCUUCUUCCUCCCGUGCGAGCGGUGCGGCGGAGCGAUGCCGGCCGGUGAGCCCCUCCCCGGCCGUGGUGCCAGCAGCAGGCCUGCAGCGCCGGCCACAGCGUACUCUGGCGUUGCCAAGAAGCUGCCACUGGCUCUGCUCGUGUUCUUCUCGGCACUGCUCUACAACCAGAUUCAGCCGCCGCCGCCAAAGGUCCCUGGCUCGCCGGGCGGGCCUCCGAUCACGGCAAACCGGACAAAGCUCAGGGACGGCAGGCACCUGGCCUACCUGGAAUCCGGCGUCCCAAAGGAUCAGGCCAAGUACAAGAUCAUUUUCGUCCAUGGCUUCUUCUGCUGCAGAUACGACGUGCUCAACGUCUCCCAGGGGCUGCUACAGGAACUGGGCAUCUACCUGCUGUCCUUCGACCGCCCGGGGUACUGCGAGAGCGACGCGCACCCGGCGCGGACGGAGGAGAGCAUCGCCGUCGACAUCGCCGAGCUGGCCGACAACCUGCAGCUGGGGCCCCGGUUCCACCUCAUGGGCUUCUCCAUGGGCGGCGAGAUCAUGUGGAGCUGCCUCAAGCACAUCCCGCACAGGCUCGCCGGCGUGGCCAUUCUCGCGCCGGUAGGCAACUACUGGUGGUCCGGCCUGCCGCCGGACGUGUACCAGGAGGCGUGGUACGUGCAGUUCCCGCAAGACCGAGCCGCCGUCUGGGUCGCCCACCACCUCCCGUGGCUGGCCAACUGGUGGAACACCCAGAGGCUGUUCCCAAGCUCCAGCGUCAAGGCCCGCAACCCCGCCAUCUACUCCAGGGAAGACAAGCCGCUCAGCGCCAAAUUCGCCCAGCGAGCCCACAAUAAGCAGGUCACGCAGCAAGGGGAGCACGAGUCCCUGCACCGGGACAUGAUCGUCGGGUUCGGGAAGUGGGGAUGGAGCCCGCUGCAGCCGGGCAACCCGUUCGCCGGCGUUGGCGACGAUGUGAAGGUGCACCUGUGGCACGGAGUCGAAGACCUGUUCGUGCCUGUUGCCCUGUCCCGGUACAUCAGCAAGAGGCUCCCCUGGGUGAUCUACCACGAGCUCCCGACGGCCGGCCACCUGUUCCCGGUCGCCGACGGGAUGCCCGACGUCAUCGUCAAGUCGCUGCUGCUCGGAGACGGGUGAUGAUGGUUUGUUUCGAGCGAGAGCGAGAGAUGGGCCAUUAGGAUUUCGAAUAAAUUCACCACCUUAACACUUGAAUUAGAUUGAGCACUUGGCCCGGGGAGUAAAGGUAGACUAUCCCUGUUUUAAUACUAUGCACUUCGAGAUGUACCCUCCAGUGCCAAGUUGCUGCGAUAUCAUAUCAAUCAAAUACUGAAACGUGGUU